CUGAUUUCACUUGUGUCAAACAUGGCUGUGCUUUUGAGGAGAGAAAAAUGCUAAAUUGUUUCUAUAGAUUUUGCAAAAAGAACCCAACAUGGCGAGGCUGGCUGAUUAUUUGAUUGUUGUUGGAUAUGAUCAUGAAAAGUCUGGAUCAGGAGAAGGAUGCGGGAAGAUCAUCCAGCGUUUCCCGGACAAGGACUGGGACGGCACACCAUUUCCCCAGGGAGUAGAGAUGUUCUGCCAGCCAGGAGGGUGGAAGCUGUCUCGUGAGAGGAAGCAACCCACCUUCUUCACCGUGGUGCUGACUGACAUCGACUCGGACAGGCACUACUGCUCCUGCCUGACCUUCUUUGAGGCAGAAAUUAACCUGCAGGGAUCAAAGAGUGUGGAGACAGAUGGGGAUGAAGAUGAAGAUGAGGAGGAGAGUGGUUUGAUCCAGCCGGCACAAAUGUUCACACCCAAAAGUCUUAUUCUGGUGUCCAGGUUGGAUUUUCCAGAAAUCUUCCGGGGUUGCCUGGGCCUCAUCUACACAGUCUACAUCGACAGUCUCAACUUCCCCCUGGAGGGGCUGGUAGCCAACCUCUUCACUUGCCUCGUGCCGGUGGCCGGUGGGUCCCAGAAACUCUUCUCUCUGGGAGCAGGCGACCGGCAGCUCAUCCAAACCCCUCUGAACGAUAACCUGCCCAUCACGGGGAAGAGUGUGGCCCUUCUCUUUCAGCAGCUAGGGAUCCAGAACGUGCUGAGUUUGUUUUGUGCGGUUCUAACGGAACACAAGGUUCUGUUCCACUCAACCAGCUACCAGAGACUGGGGGACGCCUGCCGAGCUCUCCAGGCCCUCAUGUUCCCCCUCAAGUACAGUUACCCCUACAUUCCAAUCCUGCCCUCGCGGUUGCUGGAGGUUUUGAGUUCCCCAACGCCCUUCAUCAUCGGGGUGCAUUCCAUGUUCCAAAGUGAGAUUCAGGAAUUGAUGGAUGUCAUCAUCACCGACCUGGACGGAGGAACAAUAAAGAUCCCAGAGUGUAUCCACCUUUCCCACCUCCCUGAACCUCUGCUGCAGCAGACCCAGGCAGCACUGUCCAUGGUUUUGCAUCCAGACCUCGAAAUAGCAGACAUUGCUUUCCCACCUCCCCGCACAGCCUCAUCUAACAUCAAACUGUUGGACAAGGAGGUACGGGCGGUAUUCCUGAGGCUGUUUGCGCAGCUGUUCCAGGGCUAUAGAUCCUGCCUGCAGCUGAUCCGCAUCCACUCCGAGCCCGUCAUACACUUUCACAAGACAGCCUUCCUUGGCCAGCGAGGCCUGAUCGAGAAUGAUUUCCUGACCAAGGUGUUGGAUGGCAUGGCAUUCGCUGGCUUUGUGUCUGAGCGAGGCCCUCCCUACAGAACUUGUGAUCUCUUUGACGAGCUGGUGGCCUGCAAUGUGGAGCAGUUUAAAAAUGAGGAGGAGAACCCAGCCCAACUGCAGAGGUGCAUACGGGAGCUGUCUGAGCAGCUGUAUAAGAAUGAGAAUCCCAAUCCCCACAUGGCUUUCCAGAAAGUUCCUCGGCCCACGGAGGGCUCCCAUCUGCGGGUUCACGUGAUGCCAUUCCCCCUGCUGGAUCAGGGGCGUGUGGAGACAGUGCUGCAGGAAGGCCUGGCCAAGCACCAUGCUGCCCCCACCAGCACUCGUCCCGAGAAGAAGUGUGUGGUGCCUGCUGGGCCACCUGUGGUGUCAAUCAUGAGCAAAAUGAGCUCGGUCUUCAACAGCGCAAGGAGGCUGGAGGUCAUGAGGAGUUGCAUCGCUUUCAUCUUCGACAGUAAAACCUUGGAGACGGAGAAGACACUCCCAGCUGCUCUCCGUGCCCUGAAAGGGAAGGCAGCACGCCAGUGCCUGACAGAAGAGCUCAGACAGCACGUGCAGCAAAAUCGGGCCAUUCUGGACCACCAGCAGUUUGACUAUAUUGUUCGCAUGAUGAACUGUGCCCUUCAGGACUGCUCCAACUCUGAGGAGUACACCAUUGCCGCAGCCCUGCUGCCCCUGACAACAGCCUUUUAUCGAAAGCUGGCCCCAGGAGUGAACCAGUUUGCCUACACAUGCAUACAGGACCACCCCAUCUGGACCAAUCAGCAGUUUUGGGAGACAACAUUCUACAGCGAGGUCCAGAAUCAGAUCAGAGCCUUGUAUCUGACCACACCAGAGGAGAAACCAGGGAUUACAGCCAGACUGACGGAGCAUGAUCCCUCACCCCCCACGGGCCGAUCAGAAUCAGAGCACACGGCCAUGGACCUGGCAGCGGAGCAGCUACGUCUGUGGCCCUCCCUCAGCAAGGAGAAGCAGCAGGAGCUGGUGAAGAAUGAGGAGAGCACCGUCUUCAGCCAGGCCAUCCACUAUGCCAGCCUCAUGGUCUACCUGCUGGUGCCCCUGGACAGCAGCAAGAACAAGCUGCUGCGCUCCACACCCGCUGCUGACUGGGAGAGCGGCAGCAACAGCAUCGUCACCAACAGCAUUGCGGGUAGUGUGGCUGAGAGCUUCGAUACGGAGAGUGGCUUUGAAGACUCAGAGAACAGCGACAUCGCCAACUCUGUGGCAAGGUUCAUCACGCGCUUCAUUGACAAGGUGUGCACUGAGAGUGGGGUCACUCAGGAGCACAUCAAGAAUUUGCACAGCAUGAUCCCAGGCAUUGUGGCUAUGCAGAUGGAGACAUUGGAGUCUGUGCAUCGGGAGAGCCGCAGGCUCCCACCUAUUCAGAAACCCAAGAUACUCAAGCCCCCGUUGCUCCCAGGGGAGGAGUUUGUGUUGGAAGGUUUGCGUGUGGUCCUGGACCCUGAUGGGAGAGAGGAGGCCACAGGGGGUCUACUUGGGGGACCACACAUCCUACCAGCAGAGGGAGCUCUCUUUCUCACCACCUACCGUAUCAUUUUCAAGGGCACCCCUCAUGACCCUUUAGUGGGAGAGCAGCCGGUGAUCCGGAGCUUCCCGGUGUCCACCCUUACUAAGGAAAAGAGGAUUACCAUCCAGAACCAGCUGCAGCAGAGCAUGCAGGAGGGCCUGCAGAUGAGGUCUGCCUCCUUCCAGCUGAUCAAAGUGGCCUUUGAUGAAGAGGUGAGCUCGGAAAUGGUGGAGGUCUUCAAGAAGCACCUUCAGAGAAUGCGCUAUCCCCAGUCCAUCUUCAGUGCUUUCGCCUUUGCCGCAGGGCAGGCAGCAUCCCAGCUUAUCCUCCCCAAACAGAAGGAGAGAAACACGGGCUUCCGCACUCUUUCUAAGACCAUCGUCAAAGGGGCAAAGAAAGCAGGGAAGAUGACGAUUGGGCGGCAGAACACAGCCAAGAAGAACGAGAAAGGAAACCGUAUGACAUGGAAUGAGGAUGAUGAUAUCUCAGUGUCAGAUGAUGGAGAGCAGCCCACCAGCAGCACCCUUAGGACCUCAGAGAAAUCCACCAUGGAGCAGCUUGUGGAACGUGCCUGUUUCCGCGACUACCAGCGCCUUGGCCUGGGCACCAUCACCACCAGCUCCUCACGGUCCAAGAGUAGCGAACAGUUCCGGGUCACUGCCAUUAACAGACUGUACUCGCUCUGCCGCAGUUACCCUGGCCUGCUGGUGGUUCCUCAGUCAGUACAGGACAGCAGUCUACAGAAGGUGGCACGCUGCUACCGUCACAACCGUCUGCCAGUGGUGUGCUGGAGACACGCCCGCACCAAGGCUGUGUUACUUCGCUCUGGGGGUUUCCACGGCAAGGGUGUGGUCGGGCUCUUCAAAUCCCAGAACCCCUCUUCCUCAGCUCCUGCUUCCUCCUCUGAGUCCUCCAGCAGCCUAGAACAGGAGAAGUACCUGCAGGCCAUACUGAGUGCAAUUCCAAUCUACUUCAAAACCAACGGCAAUAACACCCUCACAAACCGCUCACUCAUUGGCUUGUCUCCAGGCAGUGAGAGGCGAACGUCGAGGAUGCCAAAGAUGGCACCUGUCCACCUGGACAUGCCUUUCUCCAACAGCUUUGCCAGAGGAGUGUUAGAGUACAGGGGUAAACUAUUUACUCCCUCAAACCAAAAACCCACUGCUAAGGGGAGAUUCCACAAUCAAGGGGUGUGGGCAAGCUUGCGCUCCAGCAGUCGUUUCAGCCACCAUCCUACAGCGGCGGAGGUGGGCGCCCGGCUGGCAGGGAAGGACCUAGCGCCCCCAGCAGGCAGUGAGAGCCUGCAAGCCCAGCUACUGAAGCACCAGGCUGCCUUCUACAUCUUUGGGGAGAAAUCCCACCUCAGGGGAUUCAAGCUGGACGCCGCUCUGAACUGCGAGCUGGUGCCAGUGGACUUCGCUGACACUCGGCAGGUGAAAGGUGCCUUCAAGAAGCUGCUGCGGGCCUGUGUGCCCAGCUCCGCCCCACUGGAUGCUGAAGACACCUUCCUCAAGGCUCUGGAAGAGUCUGAAUGGAUCUUGCAGCUCCACAAGCUCCUGCAGCUGGCACUGAUCCUGGUAGAGCUGCUGGACAGUGGAUCCUCUGUCCUCCUGAGCCUGGAAGAUGGAUGGGACAUCACCACACAGGUGGUGUCUCUGGUCCAGCUUCUCAGCGAUCCAUUCUACAGGACCCUGGAGGGGUUCCAAGUGCUGCUGGAGAAGGAGUGGCUGUCAUUUGGCCACAAGUUCAGCCAGCGCAGCAACCUUACCCCCAGCAGCCAAGGCAGUGGCUUCACACCCAUCUUCGUGCAGUUCCUGGACUGCGUACACCAGAUACAUAACCAGUACCCCCUGGAGUUUGAGUUCAACCAGCAUUACCUGAAGUUUCUGGCCUACCACUAUGUUUCAAACCGCUUCAAGAACUUCCUCCUGGACUCAGACUAUGAGCGCUUAGAGCAUGGCACAUUGUUCGAAGACAAGGGAGACAAGCAGGCCAAGAAAGGAAUCUGCAUUUGGGACUACAUUAGCAGGCUGCAUAGGAGAAGCCCACUGUUCUUCAACUACCUAUACAGCCCUUCUGAGUGUGAGCCGAUACUGAAGCCCUGCAUUGGAAUCCCCAGUCUGUCCAAGUGGGACUACUUCACUGGGGAGACUCUGUCCACGGGCCCAUCCUACGACUGGAGGAUGGUGGCAGGACGGACAGAGGGCGCUGAGGAGGCAGACACCAUCACCUCCAGCAAGAGGAGAAUCGUGUGGCCCUGCUACAGCAGCGUGGGCCGUGCCCAGCCUGACGCCAUCACCAAGCUGUUGGCAGACCUGGAGAGGCUGGAGGGGGAACUGAACCAGGUCCCGGAGCGGUGGCAGGUCACCUUGGAUAGAGUGAAGGUCACCAUCAAGGAGGAUCUCAAGCAGGAGAGCAGUCUCUGCAAGCAGUCUGUGGCAAUCUCUGGCCUGAUCCCCACCUCCAACCUGCAGGCCUACCAGCGGCACUCCAUGCUGCACCUGCCCGACAGUGGCUUGGGAGAGGACAGCAGCCCCACCACCUCCAAUGGGGUUAACAGGAGGGCGGCCACACUCUACAACCAGUUCACUUCCAAGAACGAGGAGAACAGAUCAUUUGAGGGUGUCCUGUUCAAGCGGGGAGCUUUGCUUAAGGGAUGGAAACCGAGGUGGUUCGUUUUGGAUAUUACUAAACACCAGCUGAGGUAUUAUGACACAGGUGAGGACACUAACUGCAGGGGGCACAUCGACUUGGCAGAGGUGGAAUCUGUCCUGCUUGCUGCCCCUACCAUAGGUGCACCCAAACACAUCAAUGAGAAGGCCUUCUUUGAUCUGAAGACCACCAAGCGCAUGUACAACUUCUGUGCCUCAGAUGCACUGAGUGCUCAGCAGUGGGUGGACAAAAUCCAGAGUUGCAUCUCAGAUGCAUGACCAUGCCCCCAGCCAGGACUUGGUCUGAAAAGCACAGGGACAUGAGGGUGUGGCCUGAUGACUGACAAGUCCUCUGAAGCACUCCUGGGUUCCUCCUUCUCUUCUUUUUCCAACCUAGGGCUAAUACCACACUCAACAGAGUAAGAGCUAAUGACCAAGAGGAUUGCACUAAAGACGGAACAUUUGGGUAUCCCAUUUUAAAAUAAUCGGGAUACCACUGCCAUUAAAAACUGUGGGUUUAAUUAUAAAGUGAGACAAUUAGGAUAAAAUAGACAGUUUAAUUAUAUUUCAGAUUAAAAGGAAAUAUGCAGUGCUGCUUAGGAAUACAAAGGUGUGACCAACCAAAAACUGUCAAAUUCUGUCCAAAAAUGCACUAAAUAACAAGGCAAUUAAUUUGCACUUAAGCCUGUAAUAUGCAUUCCAUAGAAAUUUUUAGGUUUAAUAAUUUAAAUACAACUGUCAGGUAAUAAGGCAUUGCUUUAUAGAUAUGUACAUAUGACAUUUUCCAGAUUAGUUUUCAUAUUUAACACAUGAAAAAAAACU